UCUUUUCAUUUACAAAAAUUGAAAUUCGAACCUCAUACCACUUAUCACUUAUUUAAGGGAUGAAACAUUGAAUCAUCACGGAAAAAAAAAAAACAAACCCUUCUCAUUCCCUCUUGUUUAUUUUUACACCAAACAAGAUAAAUUGACUCAAACCCCGCCAUUCCCACGGUUUCCCUCCAACUAAACAUAGGUUAAACCACCACCCCUUCGCCUUGAAUCAACGGUAACACGGCGCAGAGGGGGCAAAAUCGAAGCGACCGCCACCGUCCACCGCCAUCGAAAUGGGAAGAAGUAGCCAGAAUCAGCAGCCGGAGCACGAUUUGGAGUUAGAGAAAACUCGCUUAAUCAGCUUAGCUCUCGAAUUCGGCUUCGACCAACACUCCGCCGACCAAUGCUUCAACCGCCUCCUCGAUCUCUACGGCGAAGACGGUCGCGAUUUCAUCACCGUCGAGCACUGCGGCGACGAUUUCCUCACGGUGUUGGCGGAGUCGAUGCCAGCCACUGAGGAAUGGGAUGACGAUCCGCGCGAAAUGGAGACUCAAGCUUGUGGAACGCUGUCUCACUUGCUUGAGAAAAGUGUUCCUGCUUCCGCUGAUGGUGCCGCCUCCGCGUGCUUCAUUGAUGUUAGUGAUGAUUCGCCUCCUCAACCUCGCAAACUCCGAAGCAAAGUGGUGGAGUUGGGUUCCAGUGAAGAUGAGGAGGAUCGUGUGGAGUUUGGCUUUUCAAAGGGAAAAUCUGCUGCAUUUCCUGCUCAACAUUCCCCAAUUUCUGUGGAUGGCAGAAGUGGCAUAACCCAAGGCUCAGUUUCAUCAACUUCCAGCAAGAUACAAUCCUCCUUUGCAUCGAAGGACAGAUACAAUACUCUAACUUAUGAAGAAUUGCAGGCGCUAGAUGAUAUCGAAUUGGCAAAUGUUGUUAUCUUUGGUAACAAGUCGCUUCGACCAUUGCAGCAUCAAGCAUGUAAAGCAGCUUUGGCAAAGCAAGAUUCUUUUAUUCUUAUGCCUACUGGGGGUGGUAAAUCACUUUGCUAUCAGCUUCCAGCAACUCUUCUACCUGGAGUUACAGUAGUUGUAUCUCCCUUACUUUCACUCAUUCAGGAUCAGAUAAUAACACUUAACCUGAAGUUUGGAAUACCUGCUACUUUUUUGAAUUCUCAACAAACUGCUUCCCAGGCCACAGCUGUCCUCCAAGAGCUAAGAAAAGACAAACCGUCAUGCAAGCUCUUGUAUGUGACACCAGAGAGAAUUGCUGGAAAUCAAUCAUUUCGUGAGAUUCUAAAAUACAUGCAUCAAAAGGGACUGCUUGCAGGUUUUGUUGUCGAUGAGGCACACUGUGUUAGCCAGUGGGGACAUGAUUUCCGUCCUGAUUAUCGGGCAUUGGGAUCUCUUAAGCUAAACUUUCCAGGUGUACCUAUCAUGGCAUUGACUGCCACUGCAACCCACUCAGUUCGCGAGGACAUCUUAAACGCUUUGAGAAUCCCGCGUGCACUUGUUCUUGAAAGAAGCUUUGACAGACCAAAUUUGAAAUAUGAAGUGAUUGGUAAGACAAAGGAACCGCUGAAGCAACUUGGAGAGCUAGUAAUGGCUCGUUUCAAGAAUCAGUGUGGAAUUGUUUACUGCCUGUCAAAGAAUGAAUGUGUUGAGGUCUCAAAGUUUUUGAAUGAGAAAUGUAAAAUUAAGACAGUGUAUUACCAUGCUGGCUUGGCUGCCCGUCAGAGAGUUUCUAUUCAAAAGAAAUGGUAUGACGGAGAGGUCCAUAUUGUAUGUGCAACUAUUGCUUUUGGAAUGGGGAUUGACAAACCUGACGUUCGCUUUGUCAUCCACAAUACAAUGUCAAAAUCAAUUGAAAGCUAUUAUCAAGAAUCAGGAAGGGCUGGAAGAGAUAAUCUUCCUUCAGUUUGCAUUGCUCUGUACCAAAAGAAGGAUUUUAGUAGAGUAGUAUGCUUGAUAAGAAACGGACAAGGAUAUAAAAGGGACAGUUUUAAGUUAGCAAUGGCUCAAGCCAAAAAGAUGCAACAGUACUGUGAACUAAAGGUUGAAUGUCGAAGAGAAACUUUGCUCAAACACUUUGGAGAAGAUUUUGACAGAAAAGCAUGCAAGCAUGGAUCUAACCCCUGUGAUAACUGUCUCAAGACUGCAUCCUGAGACGUUCAAUUUCAAGUUUGAUGUGCUCUAACCAUUUCAGUGGACCGGUUGGUCUUAUAUUUAUGGCAUUAGCUUAUAAUUGAAAAAUUUCUUGAUCAUAUUA